AUGCUGGUUGCGAUGCUUCAGCCGCGGCCGCGGAGCUUCAGCCUCCUGAUCUUCCUGAGCGCUUGGAGUGGGAGUCUGACGACCACUCUGGCGUUUAAGACUGCCGACUUCCCGAUCCAGUUGAUCAACUCGACCAACUCGACCGUGGCCCGGCAGGCGAACGAGGCCAUCGCCAAGAACUUGGCCAUGGACAUGGAGCAAAUGGACACCAUCCCGGACCCAAUGACCCAGACAGGUGAGAACGAGACCGGCGAGGAUGCGAACGAAACCAAAGACGAAGGGCCGGAAGGGCUAGCUGGCCUUGGAAGGACUCUCGAGUUUAUGAUGCUGAAGAUCACACAGCUCGAGACUCUUGCCGAAGUGCAACAGGCAGAGAUCACAUACCUCAAGAACAACCUCAAGGAGCACCUGAAUGCCGACCAUACGGACAGCAAGGUCACCCUUGUGCAGAAGGACCCCGACGCUCACCUGGAGGAGGUCCAAGCCACAAUGAAGCGCGUCGUCAAGAAGCACGCCCACCAACUAAAGCACCGAGAGUUCCACCCAAAGGCCCGCGCCGCGAGUCAGGCGGAGUUGCUUGAGAAACGCAAGAAAACGACCAAAGCCGAUGCGGAAUCCUUGGACAGCACGGUGUCCUCCAAAGUUGUUGGUUGGGUUGUGGACAAGGUCGAGGACGGGACUGGACUUAUCGGCGACAAACUGGGGGAUGCCUACGAGAGCGCUACAGACAAGAUUGAAUUCGUCCGCCGGACAACAAUCGACACCGUGCAAAUGGCAAUGGAUAUCCUCACAAGAGGCUUCACAGACUGGCGUGCAUGGUGCCCUGCGAGACACAUGCCGUCGGUGCGGACCGACAACAACGGCCUCUUCGUUUAUUUCGGCCACGUGCAGUGCAGACUUUCGUUGAUGGGGCAGGAGGUCGACUUGUUCAAUUUCAACUUUGGCCACAGACACGCAUUGUUUCCCCACAAUCUGCGAGUGGUAACAGGUGGAGGAAUCCUGGACCUUAUGCCUUCGCCCGUGAGGCUGGUUGCACAAUCGCACUACGAGGCGCUAAUGCAUUGUCAUCACCGUGGCCACCACCAUGAUUUGAUUCGAUGUCUUGCCCAUUGGGUGUAUGGCCUCGUAAAUCCUUUGGGCUGGUUGCCAAAUCCAGUCAAGCUGGUCGCAGGUUCGCACUACGAGGCUGUGCGGACAGUGUUCAGCGUGGGAUGGGAGCUGAUGCAUUGCCCACAACGUGGCCACCAUCAUGAUUUGAUACGAUGUCUUGGCAAUUGGGUCCAGCACCUCGCGCCUCCUUUGCACUGGAUGCCAAAUCCCGUCAAGCUGGUCGCAGAUACAGCGUACGAGGCUGUCCGGACGGUGUUCAGCGUUGGAUUUGAGCUGAUGCAUUGCUCAAAGCGUGGCCACCACCAUGAUUUGAUUCGAUGUCUUGGCGGUUGGGUCCAGGAACUCGCGCCUCCUUUGCACUGGAUGCCAAAUCCUGUAAAGGCACUUGCAAACGGGCAGAUAAUGAGCCUUUUGCCGUGGCAAUUGAACAAAAUUGCCACCGGCGGCAUCAUGGGUCUCUUGCCGGGACAGUUGAGCCAGAUUGUUCGUGGUGACAUCAUGGGGCUAUUGCCGGGGCAACUCAACCAGAUUGCCGCUGGAAACAUCAUGGGGCUCAUGCCCGAGCCGAUGCAGCUUCUCGGAGGAAGCGAUCCGAACUCUAUCGCGAACAUGAUCACAAUGGGUACGGAGCUAAUGAAGUGCCCUGAGGCAGCAGCUAAAGGUGACUUGGUCGAGUGCCUCGGCUACAAGAUCAUCGGCAGUGUCCCUCCUCUGAACUUCUUGAACCGCUUGGGCGACAUCUUCGAAGAGUUCAUCGCUGCCUUCGCCAAGGUGGCCUCCAAGCUGGCGGCUCAAGCGAUAAAGGGCGGGAAAUCCCUGCUGCAGACCGCAGUCACCACGGAGUUCCCCUCUGCUGGUGCUCAGCCGAUGGUGCAUCACAGAGGCGCCAACCUCGUCAUCACGAAACACUCGCAGAAGAUGCCCGGCAAACAUGCCGAGUUGCUGCAGGAGUUGGCCAACCUGGAGGCUCAAGGCCGCGAAGAAGAUGAAGAUGACCCACCAGCAAGCGUGAAAUGGGAAUUCAACGAUUAUGGACCUGAGACUCACGAACUGGUGACACAGUUCAACGGCAGGGAGACCGUUACUGGAUCCUGCUUGGCAUUCGCGCCCAGAACCAAGACGGGCAGCAAUAACCAGGCCACCCAGAAGGAUUGGCAGGCGGAGACAGAGGACGACUUCGUGAAGCUGGAGCCUUGGGCGGUGCCUUGUGGAGCCCAGUGGAUCAAGGACAAUUGGGACAAGUGGCAGGGAUAUUCUUUCUAUUCGGUGGGCACCUCGAUUGAGAAGUGUGUGACGGUGAAGUUCCAGUUGAACAUGCAGCCCGUGGCCGCCUUUGUGGGCGGGAUUUCGUUCGAUUUACUUCCCGGUCCGCUGGCUGAAAUCCACUCCACAGUUUGCUGGCCGAGAUACCAGCCGGGUGGGCUUGACCUCAGUGUGCUGCGCUCCGAGAUCCAGUCCAAUGGUAUCAUGCUGUUCAGCCGGACACUGCGCCUGGUGAAGAGGUUUGGAAGCGAUACGCACUUCACGGCAAACAAUAUCCACGGAAGCCAUCAAACCUCGGAAAGCGAGUUCGGGGUUUCAGCAGCAGAGGGAGAAAGUGGAACUGCCAUGGAAUACAUGUCAAGGACAUCACUUCUGCAGGGCAACCGCAGCCGGACACACCAAAAGGCUCGGCUCAGGGAAUCCUCGUAUUGGAAAACGGAGGACGAGGAUCUCUACUUGGCUUCAAUCGAGAUUGGGAAGGACCUGGGCAUCAACAAAACCUCUGAAGUACGAGGGCCUUCUGCAGGGCAGCGCAUGAGUUCCCUUCUUUCGACCUCUCAAGGCGAAGAUGAGCAGGAAACUUUCAAGCUCUUCGGCUUCAAGAACCCCGGCAUGGUGAACUUCGAGAUUCAAGGCCUCCUGACCGGCAAUGUCAUGUAUCUCGGCAUUCAGAUGGGUUUUGGCUACUACCAAAGCCCGCAGAUGAAAAUCCCCUUGUUCAACUUUGCCAACCAAUUUGCUGCUAUUUUGGCAGCCAUGCCGGAUGAGAUCGUCUCGGAAGAGAGCAGGGCCCGAGCCAUCGCCGCUUUGUAUGACUUCAACUACGCGGACGUCGACAAGGUGCGGCGAGCGUCCAAGGCCGUGAGAAUGACAGAUCCUGCCGCAAAGGCGAAGGAAGAUGAAUGGUCCUUCGAAGUGAACUCACCGCCCGUCGACUCCGGCAUCAAGCGCCAAGACCGCCCUGCCAAGGAGGAGGUUCUCCCCGAGUGCCAGGGCGCCAUGGCGGAAGGCAGCAGUUCGUGCACUCACCUGCAGGAGGCAGACUGCAGCAGCUACUUCGUGGAAAUCGGAGAGCAGGCGAUGCAGUGCACUUGGCUGGACGGACGAUGCUCGACCCUGGGCUCCGCAUGCCAGACUACGACCACAACCACCACAUCGACCACGACAACGACGACCUCGACAACGACAAGCACAACAACAUCAACCACGACAACAUCAACCACGACAACGACAACGACGACUUCGACAACGACAAGCACAACAACAUCGACCACGACAACGACGACUUCGACAACGACAAGCACAACAACAUCGACCUCGACAACGACGACUUCGACAACGACAAGUACAACAACAUCGACCACGACAACGACAAGCACCCAAACGACGACUACGACCUCCACCGUGACAUGGACGACCACGACGACAACGACAUCCACCACCACAACCACCACUUUCGAGGGUCAGGACGAACUCGAGGAUGGCUUGGAGUGCGAAUACUUCUACGACCAGUCGCAGUGCCUCAUCUCGGAUCUCGCAGCCCUGACAGCUGCCCACAAGGGGAUUCUGCCGGAGAUCUUCAUGGAGCACGGGCACUUCCCAGGUCUGCGCCAACACGACAACUUCUGCAUCAGGUGCACAGGUCAUCUGAUUGCGAAACAACCGGGCAAGUACAAGUUCUUCUUGAGCUCAGACGACGGAUCUCUCCUGUACUUGAACGGGGAGAAGGUCGUGGACAACAACGGCUGCCACGGCGAAAUAGAGAAGUCAAGCGAGGAGAAGUUCCUCGGGACGAACAUCCACAGACUCGUGGUGGAGAUGUGCGAGCUGGGUGGUCACGAGGUCUUCAAGAUGCAAUACCAGGGGCCGGACACCCACAACUCCAAGAUCACGGUGCCCAAGUGGGCCCUGAAGCAUCGGGUUCAGCACCUGGCGGACGGCUUGGAGUGCGACUACUUCUACAACAAGGCGCAGUGCGACAUCCCAGACCUUGCGGCGAUGACACCACUACACAGCGGGCUUGUGCCGCAAAUUUACAUGGAGCACGGCAAAUACUCCGUCCUCGGAGCACGGCAAGGGGACCAGUUUUGCAUGAGGUGCACAGGUUAUGUGGACCUGCAGAACUCGGGCAAUUAUAAGUUCUACCUGAGCUCAGACGAUGGAUCUCUUUUGUACCUGAACGGUCAGAAGAUCGUGGACAACAACGGAUGCCACGGCGACACAGAGAAGUCCAGCCAGGAGAAGUUCCUUGCGGCGGAUGUCCACAAGCUGGUGGUGGAGAUGUGCGAGGUGGGCGGUGGCGAGGUCUUCAAGAUGCAAUACCAAGGGCCGGACACUGGCAACUCCAAGAUCACUGUGCCCAAGUUUGCCCUCAAACACGCCGCGAAGCUGCCCACAUCGGACGGCUUGGAGUGCGACUACUUCUACGGCCAGUCUGAAUGCCAUGUCCCAGACCUCGCAGCACUGACACCGGCUCACACCGCCAUCGUGCCAAAGAUUUUCAUGGAGCACGGCUAUUUUUCCAGCUUGGGCUUACGACAGGGAGACCACUUUUGCAUGAGGUGCUCGGGUCAUCUGGUCACCCAGGCCGCUGGCGACUACCAGUUCUUCCUCAGCUCAGACGAUGGAUCCAUGCUGUACCUGGACGGGGAGAAGGUCGUGGACAACGACGGAUGCCACGGCGAAACCGAGAAGUCCAGUGAACAGAAGUUCCUUCCUGCCGGUUCCCACAAGCUGGUGGUGGAUAUGUGCGACGUGGACGGUGGCGAGGUCUUCAAGAUGCAAUACCAAGGGCCGGACACCGGCAACUCCAAGAUUGCUGUUCCCGAGUCUGCCCUCCAACAUGACAUCAAGCACCUGUCGGACGGCUUGGAGUGCGACUACUUCUACCACCAGGCGCAGUGCCAGGUCCCAAACCUGGCAGCCUUGACAGCCGCCCACAGCGCGAUUGUGCCAGACAUCUUCAUGGAGAACGGCAAAUAUUCCAACCUAGGCGUUCGACAAGGGGACCACUUUUGCAUGAGGUGCUCGGGGCAUCUGGUCACCAAGAUCUCUGGCGACUACCAGUUCUUCCUCAGCUCAGACGAUGGAUCCAUGCUGUACCUGGACGGGGAGAAGGUCGUGGACAACGACGGAUGCCACGGCGAAACCGAGAAGCCCAGCGAACAGAAGUUCCUUGCUGCCGGUUCCCACAAGCUGGCGGUGGAAAUGUGCGACGUGGACGGUGGCGAGGUCUUCAAGAUGCAAUACCAAGGGCCGGACACCGGCAAGUCCAAGACCAGGGUGCCCAAGUGGGCCCUCAAGCACUCGAAGGCACUGCCUCAUCCGGCCGACCCGUCUUCGAUGGUGGCUUGGUUCAAGAGCGAAGAUGCGAGCCCGGAAUGGAAGAGCGCUGCGGGCAGCUGGAAGGGUCGAGUGACGAAGGGCAGUGUCACUGCAAAGGUGGAGGUUGGAAAUGGGGCGACCAGAGCCGUGAGAUACCUCUCCGGAAAUACCCAUGCCGGAUAUGACUUCGGCAGGAUCAUGAAGCCAGACUACACUAUUUGCUCAGUGACCCGCUAUGCAGGAAACCACAGAAAUCGGAUUCUCCAGACCAGUCACCCGAAUUGGCUGCAUGGCCACUGGGCUGGGCGCGUCGGGGUUGCUCACUACUCUCCGUGGCAAGUCAGCGACAGUUCGGGCUCUCAGACCGAUUGGCUCGUCAUGUGCGGAAACUCCAACGGGGUUGUCUUCAGGGGACGCGAAAGAAGAAACGUCGGGCAGCACCCGGCCCACAAGACUGAUUUCGAUUUCCACGUGUACAUCAACGAGGGCUUUACCGGGGAGGUCUCGGAAUUUGGUGUCAUGGAAGUCAUCACGUGGAACCGGGCACUCUCGGAAGACGAGAUGUGGAGCAGCAUGGAAUAUCUGAACUGGAAGCUCAAGGGAAUGCACCCACAUCCAGCCGCCGAGUCUUCCAUGGUGGCUUGGUUCCGGAGCGAAGAUGCAAAUCCAGACUGGCACAGCGUGGUUGGCGGCUGGAAGGGUCGCGUCACCAAGGGAAGCGUCACCAGACAGUUUGAAGCUGGACAUGGAGCCGGAGCCCCUGUGGCGUACCUUUACGGCAACACCGGCACAGGAUAUGAUUUCGGCAGGAUCAUGAAGCGAGACUACACUAUUUGCUCAGUGACCCGCUAUGCAGGACGCCACAGAAAUCGGAUUCUCCAGACCAGUCACCCGAAUUGGCUGCAUGGCCACUGGCAUGGGCAAGUCGGAGUUGCUCACUACCAAACGUGGCAAAUCAGCCAAAAUAUGGGUGGCUCUCAGACCGACUGGCUCGUCAUGUGCGGAAACUCCAACGGGGUUGUCUUCAGGGGGCGCGAAAAAAGAAACGUCGGACAGCACCCUGCCCACAAGAUGGAUUUCGACUUCCACGUGUACAUCAACGAGGGCUUUACCGGGGAGGUCUCGGAAUUUGGUGUCAUGGAAGUCAUCGUUUGGGACGGGGCGCUCCCUGAAGAUGACAUGUGGGCCAGCAUGGAGUACCUGCACUGGAAACUCCAGGCAAACCUUAUUGCGCUCCAAUAUCCUGCCGCCGAGUCUUCCAUGGUGGCUUGGUUCAGGAGCGAAGAUGCCAGUCCAAACUGGCACAGUGCGGUUGGCGACUGGAAGGGUCGCGUCACCAAGGGAAGCAUCACCAGAAAGUUUGAAGCUGGACAUGGAGCCGGAGCCCCUGUGGCGUACCUCUAUGGCAACACCGGCACAGGAUAUGAUUUCGGCAGGAUCAUGAAGCCAGACUACACUAUUUGCUCAGUGACCCGCUAUGCAGGAAACCACAGAAAUCGGAUUCUCCAGACCAGUCACCCGAAUUGGCUGCAUGGCCACUGGGCUGGGAGCGUCGGGGUUGCUCACUACUCUCCGUGGCAAGUCAGCGAUAGUUCGGGCUCUCAGACCGAUUGGCUCGUCAUGUGCGGAAACUCCCAGGGAGUUGUCUUCAGGGGACGCGAAAGAAGAAACGUCGGGCAGCACCCGGCCCACAAGACUGAUUUCGAUUUCCACGUGUACAUCAACGAGGGCUUUACCGGGGAGGUCUCGGAAUUUGGUGUCAUGGAGGUCAUCGUUUGGAACCGGGCGCUUACUGAAGAUGAGAUGUGGGACAGCAUGGAGUACUUGAACCAGAAACUUGCGGGCUCUCAGUGA